AUGGUGCAAGCAGGAUCCGCAGGAGACGCGGGAGUCGCAGGAGUCGCAGGCGACGAACAGGUCGCGGGUACGGCUCCGAUCCCCGCGGGAGACCCCCCCGCCGCUUCCGUGGGAGUCGAUUCCGCCGCUUCCGCAUCGCUCGAUACAGCCAAUCGCGCCACGCAAGCGUCGACAGAACUGCGGGAUCCGGUAGAAGCAGACUCGCUAGAAGCAGCAGCGACACCCAGAGAUGUAGGGAUCCGGCAUCCCAUUGUUCCGUGCGGGGGUCUCAAAUCCGCCGCGCAUUCCAUCCCCGAAGCAGACAUCCCCGUUGUAAGCAGCAUGGGAAGCACGUUCGGCGCUUUCGCCGCCGGCUCCGUUCCUCAAGACGGGCUCUUCUUACCGACCCUACCGCAGGUUCGGGUGGAUUUCCCGCCGGGCCACCUGGUUCGGACGACGAGCCAGGACAGUAGCGUGGCGGCCACGCUCGGCAGUCCGACGGGAAGCAUAAUGUCGCUGGAUCAAUUCUCGACGUGCUCGUCUAUCCCGCCCUACCACAUGUCGCCCGCGCCUUCCGUCACCUCCGAUCAGCCCAUGGCGGACUUAGCGGGUUCGGGUCUCGUUACGAGCAGACUCGGUAUAACGAGCAAGGCGUUAUUUUCCAGCCCAGGAGAGAAGCCAGCUGGCGGGCAGUCGGCGGGCGUGGCGGAGCGGGAAGCAGGGGGGAGCAGGUUCGGCGGGGCAGGCGCAAGCUAUCCCGCUGCGCCCACCGUUCAAACGCUCGUCGUGGUUCGGCAUGCCGAGCCUAUCGACGAGCAGGACGACGGCUGGGCGGCAGGCUCGGACCGACCCUGGGACCCGCCGCUGUCCGCGCGAGGCGCCAAGGCGGCGGAGGAGGUCGGGCAGGCGCUGAAGGCGCGGGGCUUUGGCGCGGCGAGGAGCAGCGCGCGAGGGGGCGGGGGGGGGAAGGCAGGCGACGAGGGGAAAGUGGAUGCGGGAGGGAAGCAGGAGGGGGAGGGGGGGGAGGAGAGGGAGGGCGGCAAGGAGGGCGCGGUGGUGCGCGUGGUGGUGUCUCCGUUCCGCUGA